CUUCUGACGCUCAACGUGGUUGUUGAAAGCGUCGUCGACGUGACCGAAGUGCCGGUGGUGGUGCCACUUGAGGUUGCGCUGGUAGAGCUGGUGCCCGUCUGCGUUCUGCUCGUUGAGCUGACUGUCACGCUUGUGCUGGAGGUUGCGGAUGAACUUUGCGUAGACGAUGGCGUUGCGGUGACCGAAGUUGUGGUUGAAGUUGUGGUGCGUGAAGCAGAUGUCACUGUCGUGCCGGACGUGCUUGUGGACGACCCUGAUGAAGAUGCUGUCGAAGAGGACGUCCAUGUUUCAGUGGAUGUGAGCGUGGCCGAUGAUGAGAUGGAAAUCGUGGACGACGACGUCAGAGACGCGGUCGUGGUGGAGCUGAUUGAGACGGAGGUUGAGAUUGAGGUCGAGGACGUGGACCCAGUGGUGGUGGUGGUGGUUGUUGAGGUAGCUGACGAACUAUCUGUGAAGGUCGCUGUCGAGCUCUCUGUAAAGGUAGCUGUCGAGCUAUCUGUGAAGGUCGCUGUCGAGCUCUCUGUAAAGGUAGCUGUCGAGCUGGCUGUGGAGGUAGCUGUCGAGGUAUCUUUGAACGUGGUGGACGAGGUUCCGGCACUGCAGUCAGACGGAGUAUUGCAAUUCUUGCUGUUCUUGAAGCAGACCUCCACCUUCGACUGCCUUCUCAUCUAG